AUGUCCACCUCAUUCAACUGGACCGCCCUGGCAGUAGCCAUAGCAGCAGUCUUCCUCUUCUGGACCCUCAGCUCAACAACCCCAACAUCCCCCUUCACACGCUCCUUCCCGCGUCUCUCCAACAAAAGAAUCUGCCUCCUAAUCGCCCACCCCGACGACGAAGCAAUGUUCUUCGCCCCAACAGUCCUAGCCCUCACAAAACCAGAGCUAGGAAACCACCUCAAAAUCCUCUGUCUAAGCACCGGCGACGCAGACGGGCUCGGCGAAACGCGCAAAAAAGAACUCCAGAAAUCAGCGCUGGAACUCGGGCUCCGCUCUGAAUCCGACGUCUUCAUCGUGGAUGAUUUGGCACGGUUCCCCGAUGGCAUGGAUAAGAAUUGGGAUGUGGGGGAUGUUGCUUCGUUGCUUGCUUCGGCGUUUGCGCCGGAUAUGGCUGCUAGCCAGAAAGCUAAGGCGAGUGGGAAGAAGAGUGCUGGGAGUGAAAAAGCGCCUACGGCGACUAUCGAUGUCAUCCUCACUUUCGAUCAACAUGGCAUAAGCAACCACCCCAACCACCGCUCUCUCUACCACGGCGCAGUGAAUUUCCUGCGUACGCUCAUGAAAGAUAAAGCUGGGUUCACGUGUCCCGUGACAUUAUACACGUUGACGACGACGAGUAUCUUCCGCAAAUAUGUGGGGAUUCUUGAUGCGCCAUUGUCCAUGUUGCUGGGUGCGUGGAGUAAUCUGCUGGCUAGCAUGUCCGGGUCGAAGGCGAAGGAUACGGCUGCAUCGGGGGUUGGGCCUGUGCGGUUGUUGUUUGUUAGUUCAAUUGGUGAUUGGAUUGUUGCACAAUCCGCUAUGGUGAAGUGUCAUCAGAGUCAGAUGGUUUGGUUUCGCUGGGGGUGGAUUACUAUUGGGCGGUAUAUGACUGUUAAUGAUCUUAAGCGGGAGAGGGUUUAG